ACGCAAAGUAUUAAAUAAUAAGUUGAAUAAAUUGUAUACAAUAUUAUCAAAUAACAGACAUAAUAGUAAUUAUAAUAGAGUUAAUACAAGUGAUGAAGACAUGGAUGUGAUCUCUGUGUUAAAGACAGGCCUCAAGUGAUGUGACGUUACGUCAGAGGAAUGAAAGACGCCUUUUAUGCCAUUUGAGGCAAAACUUGUCUUUCAAUGCAAUGCAUCCCUCGAUUCACAACAAAAUGUUUUUACUCUGAAAUGUGUUUAUAAUUUACAAAUAUAUUUAAUUUUAUGUUUAAUUAUUAAUUGUUUUCAAACAUUUAAUUAUCUACUAAUCAAGAAAUGCCUGCUUUUCACACAAAGACCAUCGAAAGUAUAUUAGAACCGGUGGCCCAACAGGUCUCUCGAUUAGUGAUUCUUCACGAAGAGGCUGAAGAUGGGAACGCAAUGCCAGACCUGGAAAAGCCGGUGCAGGCCGUCAGUAGAGCUGUCACUAACUUAGUUAAAGUGGGAAAAGAGACCAUUAAUAGUAGUGAUGAUAAUAUCCUGCGUCAAGACAUGCCGGCGGCCCUCCAGAGGGUCGAGAGAGCGGCCAAACUGCUCGAAGAGGCGUCAGCUCUCCUUAAGGACGAUCCCUAUUCACAACCCGCCAGAAAGAAACUCAUUGAAGGCGCCAGAGGUUUG